AUGGCCCGUAGCUGCGAAAUGAAUCAAGAGGGCGCCGGACGGACUGUCGGCAGUGGUCCGAAUCUCGGAGGUCAAGGAAUGCAGCUCAUGAGCUCUACCGGCGACGCCGGAUAUCACCAAAAAGCCCAAGGCUUCCGCGUGAUCAAAGUCCAGUAUCGCGAUCAGCUUCUGGCGGGCGUUUCUGGGCAGAAAAGGGCGGCCUGGAAGACACCGCCCGCUCUGAACUAA